AUUCAUUAUAGCCUUAUCAUCAUGAGCUUUUCAUGGCAUUUGGGAGAGAAGUCACCACGUGAAAUGUCUACAGUUAGUCACAAUCCGUUACAUAUAACUCAUUCACCAACCAUUAGAAAAUCCCUAGACCCAUCGAUUACAUUAACGGACAGUUCAGUCACACAGAAUAGUGACGAAUGCAUAGUAAAAAUGACAAAAUAUGAUAAGGAUCAAUUUUUAAAAAGAAGUUUUGAUCUACUUUUUCAAAAUGCCAUCAAAACAGAAGAAGAUGAUAAGUGCAAAAUGCGCAACCUCCUCAGACAGACACCACUAGAUAUGUUAUCGAUGGAGUGGUUGAAUUCGGAACCUAGAACUAUAGAGGCUAGAGCUUACUUAAUUGGUAAUCUUUUACCUCAAGUAGUUUUAGGACUAGAGUUUAUUCUGAAAGAGGCAUGUCAACGGAAUCUGAUAACAAAUGACAUACUAGAUGAAACAAAUUAUCAUGCUGGACUGGAUAGGAACUUUAAUCCAAUUAAUCGAUUGGCUGAAUAUCUUAUGCGCAAUAAUCACAAAUAUCAUCAUUUCAAUGAAUCAUCACCAUAUGUCAGAGGACUGAGAAAUACAGUUGCUAAAUUGCAGAAUGAAAUGUUCAUGAGGUCUGAAAAUCAACUGGCCAAGUUGAAGCUUACGGCUGACGUUAAGCGUGCAGAAGCUAAACAAAAACAAUUACAACUGGAGGAAGAGUAUAAUCGACGGACUGAGAUGCUUUCUAGCAUUUACGAUAGUUUUAUAUCAGCUAAAAAGAAUUCCGUUGAUGCUAACGUUGUAUAUGAUAUAAUAUACACAUUUUCCGAAUUAAUUUAUAAAUUACCAGAAGAAAUGAAACAAUGCUUAGUACCGAUUUUUCAAACAAGCAUUACAGAAGAUUAUGGCAAACUUUAUGAUAGAGAACAGUUUGUUAAAUAUCUCAUGAUUUACGUGAAACCAAUGUCAAACGAUGUAUAUGAACAGUUUGUAGAACAUUUGAAACUUUGUUCAAUAGAAUUUCAUAAGGCAGAGGAAAGAGAAGAAAGACGUAAACUUAUCAAAAAGUACUUUAUUUCGUGUGAUUUAGACCAAGUGGAUGAAAUAUCUCGUGAUAAAGUAUUUCAACUGUGUGAAAUAUACUUUGAUACAUCUCAACAAGCUUUAAAGCAAAUGAUACGUAAUCCAAAAGACUGGGUUACAAGGGAAUAUCACUUAAGAUUACCAUCAAAAGAAAUGACUGCAAAAAAAGAAUCAAUAGAAACCUUACCAACAUCAAAAUCUGUUAAUGAUAAUAAUGCAGAGGAAAGAAAGGAAAUUUCAAUAGACAAUGAGAUAAAUAAUUCAGCUGAUGAAAUCCUCCAAGAAAAUAUGAACAAAUUCAGUCAACUAGGAUCUCGUCAGUUAGAUGAUAUUUAUAUAAAUCAAGUUCAGUGUAAAAUUGAAGAAACUUUAUCAGAUCGCCCAAUCGAAAUGAAUAGUUUGACACAAAGUCAAUUUAUCAGCCUUAUGGAAUUUUUCAUACCAGAAAAUGUCCCAAUAAAUAUUCUGCACCAAUAUUUGAAAGUUUUUCAUAAGUAUACCGAAACAACUGAAGAACGUGACGAAAGAAAACAACAACAUUUCCAAAAAAUGGCAAAACUGCGAAAGGAUCAACUAAUGGAAAAAAUAUUCUAUACAAUGAGUCAAAAUUUUUCUGGAAUGUUAAACCUGAAAGCAUUUGAAAAUUAUUUAUUAGAUUAUGAAGAUGGAUUUUAUGAAGCACAUUUAAAACACGCCAAGUCUGAUUUAGCUUCAGUCCUCCAAUUAUCUAGUAGCAAACACUCAUCACAACAGUCAACAAUACAAACAACUUCAAGUUCAUAUGUGUCAAGCAGUUUAACACCUUCAUCUGAACAAUUCAAUUCUCAAUCGAAUUUCCACAGUUCCAGUGAUCAAUCAUCAUAUUUAUAUCUUCAUUAUCCUAAAACAUUAGUUGAAAUAAACAUAAACGACUUCAAAGCUCUAUUGAAUGAUAUAUUUUGGCCUAAAAAUGAUCCAUAUCUAAGCAGUCAUGAUGAAUUCGACUUAAACUGCCUGGAGAAAUUAUUAGACUACUUAAAAGAGAAACUAGUACAGAACAUAUCUGACAAAAUAAAAUCUGAAGUCAGAAGAGAAUGGAUACAGAACAUUAUAAAUACUGCAAAAAUCUCCUACAACAAUUCAAUGGAAACAGUUUACAAGGCUGUUUUUCAGACGCUUAUAAAAGAUACUUUAAGACAUGGUGAACAAAAGCAAAUCACUGCUAAAAUUGCUAUACUUUCUCCUACAACAAAUGAAAAAUUCACAUUAGAUACAGACAUACAAUCCUCUUUACAAUAUGUUGCAGCUAUACCAGUAGAAGAAGCUGAAAAAGUAAUUGGUAAAUGCCCACAGAAAACUCAAUCUGAUUUAUUGAUUCAAUGUUUAAGGACAGGUUCAACACUGAUUCAUCCUGAACUACUGGACGUUAGGAAAUAUUCACACUUGAACAAGGAAGAGUAUAGUUCGUCAUCAAUAUGUAGUGAAGUGAACUCAAAUUCAAAUGACCAGCCGCUUCCAUUUGCUCUUGCUAUACCUAUACCAACUCCUAAAAAAUAUUUUAUUGGAGUAAUAGAAGUGAAUAACUUAUCUGAUAGUGUGGAGGUGCCGAAAUUUGAAGAACAUGAAAUUCAGUUCUAUCGAGGUAUAGCAUGUCAAAUUGGUUUCGCUUUUUCAUUAAUCAAUACUCGAUACUUAUUCACUUCCAUGUUGAAAUAUGCCUUCGACUGGAUUUCUGAACGAUUGGUGAAUAUUGAUCAAAUAGUAUUUUAUCAUCAACAUUUCUCUAUAGAUGAGAAUAAUAUUAGUGAUACCAGUGUACGCAUGGAUUCAAUGAAUGAAAGUGUUCAUCGGCAGAUGUUGUAUAGACUUGUGUCGAAAUACGGUAUGCAAAAGGCAGUAAUUCAUACUGAUCCAAAAGUUAUUAAUAGAAAAGAUAAUUAUCUAUACUAUUACUUAUUCGAUGUAGCAGAAUCUAAAUACACAAUGCAAUAUUGUAUACUUGGUAGACAACAUUAUACAUUUCCAUUUAUUGAUUCAGAUAAUGAAUUGAUUGGUAUCCUAGACAUUUGUUGUUCAGACGUGUUAAACAAAGACCAAGUGGACUAUUUACAUGAAACUUUAAAAGUAUUACAAGAUAGUUAUGCAGAACUAGUGAACUAUACAGGAGUGUCUACAUGCGGUCAGUGUAAAUAUUCCUGGGUAGCAGAAGAAGAAGAAGAAAACGAAGAAGACAAAAGAGGAGCAAAGAAACGUCAAUUAUUAAUGAAUUUCGACAACAAUAAAUUCAUACCACAAAGAAUACAAAAAAGUUUAAUAAACAUGGAAUUGAAUUUUUUAACCUUAAGAAUGAAUGAAAAUCUUUUAAACGACAUUGGGAAGUAUGAAAUUCAAUUAACCGACUCUGAAAUCUACUUAUUAUGGACAAUGAUAAUUCUGCUUUACCCUGAUCGUGAAUAUGAUCCAAUAAAUGAAAGAAGUAGCGUAAAACAACUUUUGGACUCAAUAAAGGAUGAUUUUCACUUAUCGAUUACAGAAUAUGACCCCUUUGUACAUGAAAAGGAAAUAAACGGUUCGAGACAAACUCAGUUAAAUGAAUGUUUUGAAAAAAUUUCCCAUGAAGAACUGGAUCAGUAUGCUUGUCAAUCGAUGAAAUUUUUGUACCAAUGGUUAAAAUUAUGCAUCUUUAUUGUUAAUGGAAAGUUGAGUACAUAAAAAUCAAUCAGUGAAUCAGGUGAAGAACAACCACGAAGUCAACAGUAGACGACACAAUUGUAAACCGUAGAGAGGAGUACUGUAUAGCAGUUUGAAUGUAAUCUUCAAAUCCGUAUUAACACUUACACACUGUAUUUACUUCUAGUGUGAUAAAAAAAAUACAUAAAUACGAAAAGACUGUACAACCUGAAGUGGUCAUGUUUACUCCUCUAUACGCUUUAAGUUAAC